AUGGAUAAAAAGGCACGAGAAUAUGCUCAAGAAGCCUUAAAAUUUAUUCAAAGAAGUGGAAGCAAUUUUAUGGCAUGUAAAAAUUUAAGAGAAAAAUUAGAAAGCCAUGGUUUGAUACAUAUAAAAGAAGGUGAUCAAUGGACGUUACAAAAAAACCAAGGAUAUGUUUUAUGUAAAGAAAAUAGAAAUAUAUGCAGUUUUUUUGUUGGAAAAAAUUUUAAUAUUAACAAUGGCUCGAUUCUGAUAUCUAUUGGUCAUAUAGAUUCAUGUACAUUAAAAAUAUCACCAAAUAACAGAGUUACAAAAGAUCAAAUAAGUCAAUUAAAUGUUGAAUGUUAUGGAUCAGGGUUAUGGCACACUUGGUUUGACAGAGGUUUAGGUUUAUCAGGACAAGUUGUAUAUAAAAAAGAUAAUAAAUUAAUUGAAAAAAUUAUACAAAUUAACAAAUCUGUUAUAUUCUUACCAAGUUUAGCUAUACAUUUGCAAAAUAGAACAAGGUAUGAUUUUUCUGUCAAAGUAAACUAUGAAAACCAUUUGAAACCAAUUCUAUCUACUUUAUUAUAUGAAAAACUUAUAAAAGGCAAUGAAAAUAUUUCAAAUAUCGAUGACGAUGAUAAUAAUAGCAAAAACCUUAACUCUUCACCACUUCUCUAUAUUUUGGCAAAUGAACUAAAAUGUAAAGAAGAAGAUAUAUUAGAUUUUGAAUUAUGUUUAAUGGAUACAAAUAAACCAUGCUUUACUGGGGUGUAUGGAGAAUUUAUAGAAGGAGCGAGAUUUGAUAACUUACUUGGAACAUUUGGUGUUUUUGAAGCUUAUGUAGAAUUAAUUAAAAUUUUAAAAAAUGAAAAUAAUAAAAAUGAAAAUUUAGGAAAUAAUUUAUAUAUAUGUAUUGGAUAUGAUCAUGAAGAAAUUGGCUCACUUAGUGAAAUAGGAGCUCAAUCUUAUUUUACUAAAAGUUUUAUUGAAAGAAUAUUAGGAAAUAUAUUCAAAAAUGAAUUAAAAAAUAAUGAUAUAACAGUAGAUGAAAUAUAUGGAAGUUUGUCAAGUAAAUCGCUUAUACUAAAUGUUGAUAUGGCUCAUUGUGGGCAUCCAAAUUAUCCAGAAACCAUUCAACAAAAUCAUCAUUUACGGUUUCAUGAGGGUAUUGCUAUAAAAUAUAAUACUAACAAAAAUUAUGUAACAUCACCUUAUUAUGCUUGUUUAUUAAAAAGAACAUUUGAAUUAUACCAAAAUCAAAAUGAUCAAAAAAUUAAAUAUCAAAAUUUUAUGAUUAAAAACGAUACCCCAUGUGGUAGUACAGUUGGAUCUAUGGUUGCAGCAAACUUAUCAAUGCCUGGUAUGGAUAUUGGAAUACCCCAACUAGCUAUGCAUUCAAUAAGAGAAAUUGCAGCUAUUCAUGAUAUUUAUUAUUUGAUUAAAGGCAUAUUCGCUUUCUAUGCAUAUUAUAAUCAAGUUCUUUCCUCAUGUGUUCAUGAUUCAUAA